CCGCCCGUCGUGCGGGAUUCGGGGCGGUUUCGCUGCGGUUGUCGCCGCCCCGGGGCGGAGUCGGCUCGGAGCAGCGGAGCGGUGCGCGUCGCGGGGCCGGGAGCGGUGCGCGAUGCCGGGCUACGACUACAAACUGCUGGAGCGACCGCGGCGGAGAGUGCUGUGCCCGCUGUGCGGGAAGCCCAUGCGGGAACCCGUGCGGGUCUCCACCUGCGGACACCGCUUCUGUGACACCUGCCUGCAGGAGUUCCUCAGCGAAGGCGUCUUUAAGUGCCCCGAGGAUCAGCUGCCCCUGGACUACGCCAAGAUCUACCCCGACCCUGAGCUGGAAGCCCAAGUGCUGAGCUUGGCCAUCCGCUGCAUCCACAGCGAGGAGGGCUGUCGCUGGAGUGGGCUGAUCCGACACCUGCAGGCCCACCUGGGCACCUGCGGCUUCAACGUCAUCCCCUGCCCCAACCGCUGCAGCACCAAGCUGAGCCGCCGCGAUCUGCCCCAGCACCUGCAGCACGGCUGCCCCAAACGCCGCGUCCAGUGCGAGUUCUGUGCCGGGGAUUUCACCGGGGAGGCCUUCGAGGGCCACCAGGGGACAUGUCCCCAGGAAAGCGUGUACUGUGAGAACAAGUGUGGGGCACGCAUGAUGCGGCGCCUGCUGUCCCAGCACACCUUGUCCGAGUGCCCCAAGCGCACCCAGCCCUGCACCUACUGUGCCAAGGAGUUUGUCUUCGACACCAUCCAGAACCACCAGUACCAGUGUCCCCGGUACCCCGUGCCCUGCCCCAACCAGUGUGGGACGCCCAACAUCGCCCGGGAGGAUGUGCCCACACACCUGAAGGAGAGCUGCAGCACUGCCAUGCUGCUGUGUCCCUUCAAGGAGGCAGGCUGCAAGCACAGGUGCCCUAAGCUGGCCAUGGGUCGGCAUCUGGAGGAGAGCACCAAGGCCCACCUGGGCAUGGUGUGCGCCCUGGUGAGCCGGCAGCGGCAGGAGAUCCUGGAGCUGCGGCGCGACGUGGAGGAGCUGUCGGUGAGCAGCGAUGGGACCCUGAUCUGGAAGAUCUCCGACUACGCCCGCAAGCUGCAGGAGGCCAAAACCCGCAGCAACUACGAGUUCUUCAGCCCUCCUUUCUACACCCAUAAGUACGGCUACAAGCUGCAGGUCUCAGCGUUCCUCAACGGCAACGGGAGCGGGGAGAACAGCCACCUGUCUGUGUACAUCCGCGUGCUGCCGGGUGAAUACGACAACCUCUUGGAGUGGCCUUUCUCCUACCGUGUCACCUUCUCGCUGCUGGACCAGAGCGACCCGUCGCUCUCCAAACCCCAACACAUCACUGAGACCUUCCACCCCGACCCCAACUGGAAGAAUUUCCAGAAGCCGGGGGCGUCGCGGGGGUCCCUGGAUGAAAGCACCUUGGGUUUUGGUUACCCCAAGUUCAUCUCCCACGAGGACAUCAAGAAGAGGAACUACGUGCGGGACAACGCCAUCUUCAUCAGGGCCUCGGUGGAGAUCCCACAGAAAAUCCUUUCCUGAGCCCCCCGGAAUGGGGGGGAGGUG